UCUCCCAGUGGCAGGCCCUUCGAUAAAAUCAGGAACUUGCGCUGGCCCUGCAAUGUCAAGGGAGGGGGCUCCCCGAGGGCUCCUGUAGCUCAGGGGGCAGGCCCGAGCCUGGUGUCCACCCCACGGCCCAGCCGUCCAGUCCCCUGACGGGGUACCCCGUCCCAAGGGGCUCCGCUCUGGCCCCCACGGAGGCAGGGGACCCGACCCGCACAGAGCUCGGCUGGAUGUUACAGGCGUGCAAGAUGGAAGGGUUUCCCCUCGUUCCCCCUCCAUCAGAAGAGCUGGUUUCCUACGACGCGGACCUGUACCAGCGGGCCCCGCACGAGUACUAUCAGUACCUCAACAGCGAUGGGGACAGCCACAGUGACCAUUACUGGGACUUCCACCCCCACCACGUGCACAGCGAGUUCGAGGCCUUCCCUGAGAACCACUUCACAGAGCUGCAGAGUGUGCAGCCCCCGCAGCUGCAGCAGCUGUACCGCCACAUGGAGCUGGAGCAGAUGAACGUCCUCGAAGCCCCCAUGGUGCCGCCCCACGCCAGCCUCAGCCACCAGGGCCCCUACGUGACCCGGAUGUGCCUCCCGUACCCAUCCCUGUCCCCAGCGCAGCCCAGCUCAGAUGAGGAGGAGGGCGAGCGGCACAGCCCCCCGCUGGAGGUGUCGGAUGGCGAGGCCGAUGGCCUGGAGCCUGGGCCCGGCCUCCUGCACGGGGAGCCAGGCAGCAAGAAGAAGAUCCGCCUGUACCAGUUCCUGCUGGACCUGCUGCGCAGCGGUGACAUGAAGGACAGCAUCUGGUGGGUGGACAAGGACAAGGGCACCUUCCAGUUCUCGUCGAAGCACAAGGAGGCGCUGGCGCACCGCUGGGGCAUCCAGAAGGGCAACCGCAAGAAGAUGACCUACCAGAAGAUGGCGCGCGCGCUGCGCAACUACGGCAAGACGGGCGAGGUGCGCAAGGUGAAGAAGAAGCUCACCUACCAGUUCAGCGGCGAGGUGCUGGGCCGCGGGUCCGCGCCCGGCCGCCUGGCGCCGCGCUGAGCGCCGCCGCCCGCCGGACUGCCCGCUCUGUACAGCGCCCGCCGCCCCGCCAGCCCCGAGUAAAGUUAUUCUCGGCCGCGCCCCUGCGGCCAGGUCA